CCGUAACUAACGACGCCAAAGUUUCUGUUCCGAGAGUUUCAAAGCGCCAAAAGCAGUGACUUCUUUUCGUUCUUUCGACUAAAAGAUUGUGAACAUGAUUUUCUUGAGCGUUGUGAUGCAAGUUGUUUACUGGGUGAUGGACCACAACAACCCAAAUAAACAACAAGCCAAUGGUAUCAAGCAGAUUUUGUCCCCUCCGCACACAGGUGAUGAGUCUGUAGUGGAACUAACCAGAGAGCAGAUAAGACUACAGAGUAUGUCCUUCAGUCCUCCUCCUCCUCUUCUUCCUGCUCCUCAGGAAGAUAGUAAGAGUCCGGCCCAAUAUAAUGUGAUGACAGAUACAGACAGACCGGUAACGGUCAAACCCUACUCAAUAACUGACCAGUACCACUUUAAGGGCUGUAACAGUGACGACUGUGAACGCCGACAUCGCUGGGACAAAUACCAGAUGGAUUACAUGGGACGAGACUCAUUUGACAAUAUCCUGGUCAGACUAAACCACAGUCUUGCUUCGGAUGUUAGCCAUCCACACUGAUGAUAUCCUCAAUGGAACCGGUCGCUGCUCAUUUGUAGGCAAAACACUUCUGUUUUAAUUUUGAUGGAAGGGGCGUGUCAUCAGGCAGCAUCAACAUGACAGCUAAGACAACACCAAAGAUCUAGAGAUCACAGAAAAUAAGUAAAUAUGAUGCUGAAAGGACAGCACAGUAGUUAUUGGAACUAUGGUGCUUACUAUUGCAUUAGAGAAGGAAUCUGGAAAAGGAUGCUGACUAUCAGAGUACACAUUACUUAUUUCAGGAACCGCGAUGUCAGAUCUGUAUAUUUAGAAUAAAGAUAUGAGAAGAAAGUGUAGUUAACUCAGGAAAUAUGGUGUUUUGUCUAUGUAAGAAGUACAUGAAGUGUGAUAAAUCUGCUCAUAGGAGAGAACACAGAAUUUACAGUAACCUAGGAGCUGAAUCUAUCCGUACGAGAAAGGCAUACCCUCAAUGGACACAUCAGGUACUAGCUUAGAACUACAUCAUUGUAUAGCACAGACUCAUUUUAAAGAGAUGAAUUGUAAUGGUGGAUACAGGAAAUGGAGGAAUGUUUCAAUGAUAUCAAAUAAGAAGUAGUGGCCUGAGGGGAGGGAUUAUAACACGUACUUGAUGUCUAAGUGUUUACAGACCACAUGUUGGAUACCUUACAUUGAAAUAUACAUUUGUCCGUUGAAACUUAUUUUAGAGAUUUUAGAGAUUAUUAAGUACAGAUUUGUGUAAUAUCGAUGAGGCAUCACUGACUAUUAUUC